GGCAAUAUGCAAAUGAAGAAACGUCACUUCCCUUCUUCCUGUACGCCAUGUUUCUCAGUUCAGAGGGAGAGGAUGACGAUUUGCGGCUAGACAAGCAAAAUAUCCGCCUAGCAGACAAAAAGUCCGAAUAGCUACGUGUAUAUUGGACGAUCGUUACACUAGGUCAAACAUUUAUCGUUAGUGAUCCCAUACAAUGCCGUCGUGGUUCAUUCUGCGCGCGCUCCUGUGACGCCGGAAGAGUUAUCCCCUGGUGAAAACAAGCAUCCAUCCACACACGGUGGGAGCACCCCGCCAAGACGUGCAAGGACAUCAAGAUGUUCCAAAAUCCUGUUGGUGAUUUGGAAAAAGUCAGAAGAUGCAGAAAGCGAGUCAAGGAUAUACUAAGUGACAUCGGACUGGAGAGUUGUAGCGAGUUGUCUGAGGAACUGAAGAAUUUUGAUGCCGGUGAUGAGUCCUUCAACGACACAGAGUGGGAUGAUCUCUCAGACAGUUAUGGCAGCAAAAGGAGGAAAAAGUGGUGCUAUCGGACACAGAAGUUCUGUUGCAACUUGUGCUGGUACUCCACCAAGUCUGCAUACUCCUUCAGAACACAUGUGCACCGCUCUCAUGAGGAGGAACUGGACCUGGCCUCUCUGACCAUGUGCAAGAGCUGCAGCUUCAUUGGUCACCCUAGCGUCACUGACAAGCACUUCAAAAUGUUCCAUACGACUCCGAAGGUCAACGCAAGUCAGGCAACGAGCAGAGAACCCAUCAGAGACCUGGCAACCAUUGCUGCCAGCACACCUGGUGCAGGGCCGUGCACCGCAACUAACGAUAGGUACUUCUGUCGCACGUGCGGCUACCAGGAUUCACUGAUUUACGUGAUGAAGAAACACAUCUUGGUGAACCACAAUCCGACACUGCUGAAGCGCUACGUUGGACAUCGGAGCCCAGAUGAGAAGCAGAAGGGGGACGGCAAGUUUGAUUACUACUGCAAAAUGUGCAGCAUGCCCGCGCAGACCUGUGAACACUUGCUCUUUCACAUUCUAAGCUCAGAGAAGCAUAAAGAACUGGACGGGCAGCUGAAAAAUCUUUUGGGUAUAAAUAUGAGAUUCAUGAAUAGACAUGGCAAGCUACGCACCAAGUUAGUGCCAAAGAUUGUCGUCAAAAAGCCGGGCCCUGUGCCCGUUGUGGUCAGACCCCCCACAUCGACGGCGACAUCCUCGGGUACUAUGCUGUUGGCCUCGCAAAGCAACAGUGCGGCCCUGCUCUGCGCGCCGGGAACCCGACAGAUGUACAUUCCAUCACAGGCUUCGGCCAAAAACCUCCUGCUGUCCAAUCCGUCUAUGGCAACACUGCAGAAUUCCUCACAGGGUCCUGCCCGUUUCAAUAUGUUUGUGCCAGGCUUGCCCCAAACCAGGUUCCCAAUUACCGUGCGCGUCCCGGGGCUACCACAGUCACAACCGCGCCAGGUCCUUCUGCCUCCCGGGAUGCGACUCAACGUCCCUGGUAAAAUGGGCUCCCAGCCUCUGCUGAUGACUUCCAACCUCGGCGUGAAUCAACAGUCUACGUCGCAGUCUCAAAUGUUGACCUCUCAGUCCAUUCGCCUGAUCCCCACAGGGAACAACGUCAACGGAGUGCCCACCUACACGCUUGCAUCCGUCCCUGUUGUCGGCAAGGGGCCGGUGGUCUUGACGCAGAACAGUGUCACCGGUGUCCAGCAGCUGAACACGGCGGCAGCCGUGCCACAAGGUGUCGCUGCUGCAAAAGCGCAACAGAAGCCCGCUGUGCCAAAGCCAAAGGGCAAACACGAGCUGGUCGUCUUUUCACCAUUCCUCAAAAUGGAAGACAAAACGGUCAGAUGCUUGAAAUGCAAAAUCAUGCUCACUGAGAAGGGGAUCUUUCACCACCUCUUGCACGGCUUGAAGUGCGUCUUUUGCCCACAGAUGUUCUACUCUCUGCAACAAGUCACAGAUCACAUGAACACGCAACACAGUCUGUCUGUGAAGGCGAAUCGCGAGCUUCUCAAGAAAGACUUUGAAGUUGACACAGAUGAGCGCGGCGAGCUAGUGAUCGGCUCUUUCGACCUCAACACAAAUGUCCCCAGAGAGCAGCUUGGGGACCGAGAGCUCAGCCUUCUGGUCCUCACCGGUGGCACCCAGAAAAUCUUCCUCAAGAUGUACCCAGAAGCCCCCAAAGCUGUGGUCACGGCAGCUGGCAAGCACAUCUACACGGGCUGCCCCCUCUGCCAGACCAAGAUGAGCAACAGGGAGGAUUACGAGACCCACCUGAAAAUCAUCCACCACAUCAUGCCCACCAUCCACGCCAUCUUGAAAACUGCCGCUUUCAAAUGCAUCUACUGCCUGGGCGUGUACACGGAGAGGUUUACGCAGAGGACGGUGUCCAUACACCUCCAGCGGUGCCGGUGCGCUCCCAAGGCUGUCAAAGACGUGGAGAGGCAGAGGCACCCCGACCCGCACAACCCCGUACGCAACGGAGCAGAGGGCCCAGGUCUAGGCGCAAAGCCGCCCACAGGAACCGUACUUAACGGAGGAAACUACCCUUACGCCUCUGUGGAGGUCACACUUGGAACUACACAUACUCCAAGCAAAUACGCAAUGGCAGCUGGGUCCAAGAAGGGUAAAGUUAAAGGCGGUGGCAAUACCUGGAGGGGGGGUUCUGCACCCAGAGACCCGGCUAACCGUAAAGACCGAAUAACCCCAGUGGACCUUAAGUCUCGACAGGUCAGGAAGAAGAUGCUCAAUAAGUACUUCAACGAAAAGCCCUACAUCAGCGAGGCGGAGAUUGAAAGCCUAGCGGCACAGCUUUGGCUGAAACGCCCAGACGUGGUGGCUGCCUUUGAGGAAACGCAGAAGAUGUGCCUGGAGGCGAUCAACUCCAGGAAGAUGGGAGUGCUUCUGGGGUUCAACAUGAUGGAGCUGAAGAAAGUCAAACACAACAUAGUCAUUCCAUCUGCUUCAUCUGUUAAGAACCGUGCUGAAGCAGCAGUUGGCAACACUGUGGAAGCUGCGAUUAGCAGUGAUGAAGCUGCAGUCAACACUGCUGAAGAAGCUGCCGUUGACAACAGUGCUGAAGUUACAGUUAACAACGCUGCGGAAGCUGCCGUUGACAACAGUGCUGAAGUCAAAGUUAACAACACUGCUGAAGCUGGCGUUGACAACAGUGCUGAAGUCACAGUUAACAACACUGCUGAAGCUGCCGUCGAGAAAAGUGCCGAAGUCACAGUUGAUAACACUGCUGAAGUCGGUGUAAAUACAGAAGUGUUAAUAAAGUCCGAGCCUGUUGAGGUUGAAUUACCUUAGUCUUUUUGGAGCUUUCCUUGUACAGUUCACCCAGUUCAGCUCUUGCUCAUUUCUGUGUAAGCGGAAAAGGGAAGACAGGCCAGUUGCAUGAUUAUUUUUGUGUUUAAUGAGUUUUGGUUGAAUAGCUUGCAUAUGUUCAUUUAAGCUUUGUUUUUAAUUUCUUACUUCAGACAAUAUGCUUUUGUAUCUUUUUAAACACCACAUAUUGUAGAU